AUGGGAAAAGACAGGAAGAGAAAGCUCAGCUCGGACGAUCCGACUGGUCAACUCACUCCUCAGGGAUUCGGUGUGGCCGAUACCUUGUCCCGUCUGCAGAGCGAUAACCCGAGCGAACGUUCGAACGGCAGUCAUGCGUCAAAGAAGCGCAAAAGAGUUGAUGGCGAGAAAGUCAAAUACCCAGAUCUCACAUACGCCGAUGGAAAAUUAGUGUCACCUAUCCGGAUCGCCGAUCUCCAAGGGUUGCUCCUCUAUUGCUUCGCCGAUGGCAUCGCACCCCAAUGGAUCUCUAUGAAGCACUCUGGACAUGUGCGCAAGGUGGUCGUACUGAUGGCGCCUGGCCUCGAGAUGGGCAUGUUUGAUGGAACGAUCUCUGUGCAACGAGAAUCAGCCACUGGGGAGCAAGAGACACAGGAGCGCAAGAUGAAUGCGCCGGGAGCCACUGAGGAGACACCGAAAGACGAACAUGCUGCUGAUUACGAGCGAUGGAAACAGGGCCUCCCAUUGCCGGACCGCUCGCAUCGCUUUAAUCCUCGAUCUAUCACACGCGAAAACCUCCCGGAACCACUUCAGCCCCUGGCCGACAUGUUUCCCCAUAUCUGGCCUGUCAAGGCGCCAGGCGACAACAAAUACAAUAAGGUCCAUUCGCCACUGCAGGCGAUUCUUAUGUCCUCGCCCCCCAAGACCAAGAAUGAUGACUCCCGUACAAAGGGCGCACGGCCCGCAAAAGUAGAGAAAGGCUUCGUUCCGAAACGAACCCCAAUCACAGCCUUUGUCACUUCGCGCAAGGAUCUACUGGAAAACGACUUUAUCUUGCAUCCUGUUUUCUUCUCUUCCGAUGACGAAAAAUCCUCCCAGGUGGAGGCUCGUCGGCGAGGUGGGCACUCGGUGGAAGAUGGAUGGGUGGAUACUCAAGUUCCAACACUGGAGUCUGCUCAACCACCCGAAGCUGAAAUUGAAAGUGGCAGCGUCACUGCUGGUCGAGAUGUUUUUGCACUCGACUGUGAGAUGUGUAUUACCGAGGGGGGUCAGUCUGAACUCACACGCAUCAGCAUGGUCGGCUGGGACGGCGAGGUGGUCCUUGAUGAACUGGUCAAACCAGCACGGCCAGUGAUCAACUAUCUCACACGUUAUUCUGGAAUUACCCCCGAGAUGCUCGAGCCUGUCACCACGACCCUCCCUGAUAUUCAGCACCGGCUGUUGACUCUUCUCACGCCGCGUUCGAUACUCGUGGGACACUCCCUUAAUUCCGACCUCACAGCACUCAAGCUGGUCCACCCGUUCAUUGUCGAUACCAGCAUCAUUUACCCGCACCCACGGGGUCCGCCACUCAAAUGUAGCCUGAAAUGGCUCACCCAGAAAUACCAGAAUAAGCAGAUACAAAGCGGAAUGGCCGGGCAUGACUCCAUUGAGGACGCCCGUGCUGUUCUUGAACUUGUGAAGUUGAAGUGCGAGAAAGGUGAGCGAUGGGGCACGAGUGAUGUUUCCAACGAGAGCAUAUUCCGUCGGCUAUCGCGCUCUACUCGACCGAGUCAUCUCCCUCGUCCUGGUGAGGAACGAACAGGAGCCGUUGUCGACUGGGGCAACCCAGAACGUGGGUUUGGUGCUCAGGCAGCUGUCUCAAUUGGAUGCCGAAAUGACGAUGCAGUCGUCAGCGGUGUCUCUGCGGUAAUCAAUGGCGACGAGUCCAAUCCCUCCAUUCCAGGAGGUGGUGUUGACUUUGCCUGGGCUCGCAUUCGUGAGCUCGAAUAUCUUCGUGGUUGGUGCAGCCGUCUCCCUGACCCAAACAACGCCAACGAAUCCACAACCCUUUUCCCUCCUCCUGAGCAGACCACACCGACCACAACCUCUAGUAAUGAGGACUCGACAGAUCUUCUGCAGCCUGAUGUCUUGGCUGACACUGUCUCCCGGACCGUCUCCAACAUUUCGCGCAUUUAUGACUCUCUCCCUCCAUGUACGCUUUUCAUUGUUUAUUCCGGGACAGGCGAUCCACGUGAAGUGAGCCGUUUGCAAUCCAUCCACAAGAAGCACCGUGAAGAGUUCCGAUCUGGCAAGCCAUGGGAUCAGCUAACGUACAAGUGGACCGACGUCGAGGAACAGGCUCUAAAGAAGGCUUGUGAGCGUGCCCGCGAAGGUUGCGGUUUCAUGUGUGUCAGAUGA